CGCGCCUGCCCUGAGCCGUCCCCCGCCCGUCCCCCGCCAGCGCCGCGCCCGGCCCCGGCCCGCCAUGCGCGGACAAUGAUGAUGGCCCGCAAGCAAGAUGGCCGCACGCCCACCUACAACGUCAGCGUGGUGGGACUGUCCGGCACCGAGAAGGAGAAGGGCCAGUGCGGCGUCGGCAAAUCCUGCCUGUGCAACCGCUUCGUGCGGCCCGGCGCCGACGACUUCCACUUGGAGCACACGUCCGUGCUCAGCACCAGUGACUUUGGGGGCAGGGUGGUCAACAAUGACCACUUCCUCUACUGGGGCGAGGUGGCGCGGCCGCUGGAGGAGUGCGUGGAGUGCCGAAUCCACGUGGUGGAGCAGACGGAGUUCAUCGACGACCAGACCUUCCAGCCGCACCGCAGCACGGCCUUGCAGCCCUACAUCAAGAGGGCGGCGGCCACCAAGUUGGCGUCGGCCGAGAAGCUCAUGUACUUCUGCACCGACCAGCUGGGCUUGGAGCAGGACUUCGAGCAGAAGCAGAUGCCCGACGGCAAGCUGCCGGUGGACGGCUUCCUGCUGUGCGUGGACGUCAGCCGCGGCAUGAACCGCAACUUCGACGAGCAGCUCAAGUUCGUGUCCAACCUCUACAACCAGCUGGCCAAGACCAAGAAGCCGGUGGUGGUGGUGCUCACCAAGUGCGACGAGGGCGUGGAGCGCUACAUCCGCGACGCGCACGCCUUCGCCUUGGGCAAGAAGAACCUGCAGGUGGUGGAGACCUCGGCGCGCUCCAACGUCAACGUGGAGCUGGCCUUCGGCACGCUGGUGCAGCUGGUGGACAAGAGCCGCGGCAAGGCCAAGAUCAUCCCCUACUUCGAGGCGCUCAAGCAGCAGAGCCAGCAGAUCGCCGCCGCCAAGGACAAGUACGAGUGGCUCGUCGGCCGCGUCGUCAAGAGCCACCACGAGGCGUGGCCCGACGUCAGCCGCAAGAUGCGGACGGCGCCCGAGUACCAGGAGUACGUCUACCUGGAGGGCACCCAGAAGGCCAAGAAGCUCUUCCUGCAGCACGUGCAGCGCCUCAAGCGGGAGCACAUCGAGCGCCGCCGCAGGGCCUACCUGGCCCUGCUGCCGCAGGCGCUGGACGCCCUCGUGCCGGACCUGGACGAGAUCGACCGCUUGAGCCGCGCCAAGGCCGAGAAGCUGCUGGAGGCCAAGCCCGACUUCCUCAAGUGGUUCGUGGUGCUGGAGGAGACGCCGUGGGACGCCACGAGCCACGUGGACGACGCCGACAGCGAGCGCAUCCCCUUCGACCUGCUGGAGACGCCGGCGGGCGAGCAGCUCUACGAGGCCCACCUGGAGAAGCUGCGCGACGAGCGCAAGCGCGCCGAGGUGAGGAGGGCGUUCCGCGAGAACCUGGAGAGCUCGCCCUUCGUCACGCCCGGCAAGCCUUGGGAGGAGGCGCGGAGCUUCAUCAUGAACGAGGAGUUCUACCUGUGGCUGGACGAGUCGGUCUACGUGGACAUCUACGGCAAGCACCAGAAGCAGCUGAUCGACCGGGCCAAGGAGGACUUCCAGGAGCUGCUGCUGGAGUACUCGGAGCUCUUCUACGAGCUGGAGUUGGACGCCAAGCCCAGCAAGGAGAAGAUGGGCGUCAUCCAGGAGGUGCUGGGCGAGGAGCAGAGGUUCAAGGCGCUGCAGAAGCUCCAGGCCGAGCGCGACGCCCUCGUCCUCAAGCACGUCCACUUCGUCUACCACCCCACCAAGGAGACGUGCCCCAGCUGCGCCGCCUGCGUGGACGCCCGCGUGGAGCAGCUGCUGGGCUCGCGCUUCGCCCGGCCGGCCGAGCGGCACCGCCGCGAGCCCGCGGCGGACGCCGACCGCAUCAACCUGGUCAUCCUGGGCAAGGACGGGCUGGCGCGCGAGCUGGCCAACGAGAUCCGCGCGCUCUGCACCAGCGACGACAAGUACGUCAUCGAGGGCAAGAUGUACGAGUUGGCCCUGAGGCCCAUCGAGGGCAACGUCCGGCUGCCGGUCAACGCCUUCCACACGCCCACCUUCCAGCCGCACGGCUGCCUGUGCCUCUACAACUCCAAGGAGUCGCUCUCCUACGUGGUGGAGAGCGUGGAGAAGAGCCGCGAGUCGGCCGCCGGCCGCCGCGACGGCCACGCGGCGCAGCUGCCCCUGACGCUGGUCUUGGUCAACAAGCGCGGCGGCGGCGACGCCGGCGGCGAGACGCUGCAGAGCCUCAUCCAGCAGGGCCAGCAGAUCGCCGGCAAGCUGCAGUGCGUCUUCCUGGACCCGGCGUCGGCCGGCAUCGGCUACGGCCGCAACAUCAACGAGAAGCAGAUCGGCCAGGUCCUCAAGGGGCUGCUGGACGCCAAACGCGGCCUCAACCCGGCGGCGGGCGCGGCGCCGGGCCCGCGGGACGCGGCCGACGGCGCCGAGCUGCGCGUGGCCGCGUGCCUGAUGUGCGGCGACCCGGUGAGCGCCGACGAGGUGCUGCUGCCCAUCCUGCAGGCGCAGCCGUGCCGGCCGGCGCCGGGCGGCGGCGCCGCGGUGCUGCUGGAGGCGGCGGUGGGCUCGCAGCGGCGGCGCGUGGAGCUGUCGCUGCUCUCCUACCACGCGUCCUUCGGCUUGCGCAAGAGCCGCCUGGUGCACGGCUACAUCGUCUUCUACGCGGCCAAGCGCAAGGCCUCGCUGGCCACGCUGCGCGCCUUCCUGGCCGACGUGCAGGACAUCGUGCCCGUGCAGCUGGUGGCCUUGGCCGACGGCUCGGCCGACGCGCCGGACGACGACGUGAGCCGCGAGCAGCUGGCCGAGGGCGAGGAGAUCGCCCAGGAGAUCGAGGCCCGCUUCGCCGCCUUGCCCUGCGGCCAAGGCCAGGCCAAGCUGGACGUCUUCCAACCCUUCUUCAAGGACGCCUUGGACAAGAAGAACAUCGUGGAGGCCGCGCACAUGUACGACAACGCCGCCGAGGCCUGCGGCGCCGGCGAGGACGUCUUCAACUCGCCGCGCGCCGGCUCGCCGCUCUGCAACUCCAACUUGGCCGACUCCGAGGAGGACCCCGAGCCGCUGCCCGGCUACAGCCCCUUCCGCGACGAGCCGGCCUUGCCCAAGGAGCUCUCCAAGCUCUCCGCGGAGCUGGAGGGCAGCGACGGCCUCGGCUUCGUCUCGGCGGCGGCCAACAGCAAGAUGGCGGCGCCGCCGCCGCUCAAGCCGAAGCCGCCGUCGCACUUCGAGGCGGCGGAGCAGAGCCACCGCGACGUCCGGCGGCGCUCGGCCUCCUCCUCGGCGUGGUUGCCGCCGGAUUGCUUCGACCCUUCGGAUUACGCCGAGCCCAUGGACGCGGUGGUGAAGCCGCGCAGCGAGGAGGAGAACAUCUACUCGGUUCCUCACGACAGCACCCAAGGCAAGAUCAUCACCGUGCGCAACAUCAACAAGGCCGCGUCCAACGGCAGCGGCAACGGCUCGGACAGCGAGAUGGACAGCGGCUCCUUGGAGCGGGGCCGGAGGCCGCCGGCCGUCGCCAAACCGCGGCUGUACCGGGCGCGGUGCGCGCGGCUCGGACGUUUCGCCGGCUACCGGCCCGGCCUGAGCGUGGGCAGCGACGAUGAGUUGGGGCCGGGGAGGAAGAAGGACGAGGAGCCGGGCGGUCAGGGCGGCUACAAGGGCGACAACGCGGUCAUCGCCUACGAGGCGGCCGACGGAGAGGAUCCGCGCAGGAGGAACAUCCUCAGGAGCCUCAGGAGGACCACCAAGAAGCCCAAGGCCAAGGCGCGCCCGUCGCUCUCCAAGGCUCCGUGGGAGAGCAGCUAUUUCGGGGUGCCCCUGGCCAGCGUGGUCACCCCCGAGCGGCCGAUCCCCGUCUUCAUCGAGCGCUGCAUCCAGUACAUCGAGGCCACCGGGCUGAGCACGGAGGGGAUUUAUCGCGUCAGCGGCAACAAGUCGGAGAUGGAGAGCCUGCAGCGCCAGUUCGACCAGGACCACGGCCUGGACCUGGCUGAGAAGGAUUUCACCGUCAACGCCGUGGCCGGAGCCAUGAAAAGUUUCUUCUCGGAGCUGCCGGAGCCGCUGGUGCCCUACGCCGUGCAGCUGGAGCUGGUGGAGGCGCACAAGAUCCCGGAGCGGGAGUGCAGAAGCUGCUGGCGCUGCGCGAGGUCCUGCGCAAAUUCGCCGCGCGAGAACUACGAGGUCUUCAAAUACGUCAUCGCCCACCUCAACAGGGUCAGCCAACAGCACCGCGUCAACCUGAUGACCAGCGAGAACCUGUCCAUCUGCUUCUGGCCGACGCUGAUGCGGCCGGACUUCAGCACCAUGGACGCGCUGACGGCCACCAGGACCUACCAGACAAUCAUCGAACUCUUCAUCCACCAGUGCCCCUUCUUCUUCUCGCUCCGGCCACCUCCGGACACGCCCGGCUCGCCCGGCCCGGCUCCGGCCGCCGCGCCCUUCCCGGCGCCGCCGCUGCCGCCGUCCCCAGCUCGGACGCCGUCGCCGCCGCCCGAGCCGCUGGAGCCCUGAGGGCGGCGUGGGGAGUGACCGUUGGGAUGUCCGGUUGGGAUUCGGCCGCUCUCCGGAGUGACCGCCGAGAUGUCCGGUCCUUCCCGGAGUGACCGCCGGGAUGUCCGGUUGGGAUUCGGCCGCUCUCCGGAGUGACCGCCGGGAUGUCCGGUCCUUCCCGGAGUGACCGCCGAGAUGUCCGGUUGGGAUUCGGCCGCUCUCCGGAGUGACCGCCAGGAUGUCCGGUCCUUCCCGGAGUGACCGCCGGGAUGUCCGGUUGGGAUUCGGCCGCUUUCCGGAGUGACCGCCGGGAUGUCCAGUUGGAAUUUGGCCCUUCCCAGAGUGACCGCCGGGAUGUCCGGUUGGAAUUCGGCCACUUUCCGGAGUGACCGCUGAGAUGUCCAGUCCUUCCCGGAGUGACCGCUGGGAUGUCCGGUCCUUCCCGGAGUGACCGCCAGGAUGUCCGGCCAGAAUUUGGCCCUUCCCAGAGUGACCGCCGGGAUGUCUGGCCGGAAUUUGGCCCUUCCCAGAGUGACCACCGGGAUGUCCGGCCGGGAUUUGGCCUCUUCCCAGAGUGACCGCCGGGAUGUCCGGCCGGGAUUUGGCCCCUGCGGAGGGGCUCGGACGUUGCCGGGGACGUUUGCCCAGACUUUGGCCAGGCCGGCCGGACGCCCCCGGGGCGGGGCCUGGGAGGGGCUGGAAGGGGGCGAGGGUUGUCCAAGGUGGCCGGAGGGUCAUCCGAGGUGGUCCAGAGUGGCCGGAGGGUCAUCCAAGGUGGCCAGAGGGUCAUCCGAGGUGGUCCAGAGUGGCAUGAGGGUCAUUCCAGGUGGUCCAAGGGUCACUCCAGGUGGUCCAAAUGUCGUCCAUUGUGGUCCAGUGUGGCCUGAGGGUCAUCCAAGGUGGCCUGAGGGUCACUCCAGGUGGUCCAAGGGUCAUCCAAGGUGGUCCAAGGGUCAUCCAAGGUGGUCCAGAGUGGCCUGAGGAUCAUCCAAGGUGGUCCAGGGUGGCCUGAGGGUCAUCCAAAGUGGCCUGAGGGUCAUCCAAGGUUGCCCAAGCUCCAUCCAAGGUUGCCCAAAUUCCAUCCGAGGUUGCCCAAAUUCCAUCCCAGGUGGCCCAAACUCCAUCCGAGGUCGCCCAAGGACCUUUUGAGGUUGCCCAAAUUCCAUCCCAGGUGGUCCAGGAUCCAUCUGAGGUGGCCCAAGGACCUUUCGAGGUUGCCCAAAUUCCAUCCAAGGUUGCCCAAAGCCCACCCGAGGUUGCCCAGGGUCCUUCUGAGGUUGCCCAAAGCCCACCCGAGGUUGCCCAAGCUCCAUCUGAGGUUGCCCAAGCUCCACCCAAGGUUGCCAAGCUCCACCCGAGGUUGCCCAGGGUCCAUCUGAGGUUGCCCAAACUCCAUCCAAGGUUACCCAAGCUCCACCUGAGGUUGCCCAAAGCCCACCCAAGGUUGCCCAGGCUCCAUCUGAGGUGGCCCAAACUCCAUCCAAGGUUGCCCACAUUCAAUCCCAAGUGGCCCAAAGUUCUUCCCAGGUGGCCCAAGCACCACCCAAGGUUGCCCAAAGCCCACCUGAGGUUGCCCAAGCUCCACCUGAGGUUGCCCAAACUCCAUCCAAGGUGGCCCAGGGUCCACCCGAGACCACCGCGGCUCCUCAGACCCCCAAAAUUCCCAAAAAAAUCCCCAAAAAUCCCCCAAAAUCCCAAAUCCGGCGACUCCGCCCCGAAGCACUUCCGGGGGGUGGGGGAGGGGCCUUGGACCUCCCCCUCCCCCCCCCUCCCCCAAAAUUUGGAAAAAAUGGGAAUUUUGAGGGAUUUUUGGGGGGGAAUUUUGGGAAUUUUUGGGAAUUUUGGGGGUCCCGGAGCCCUCCCAGUGCCGGAGUGGAAUUUCAUGGUACCACCGGGACCUCCCGGCUCUCUUCGCACUUUAAGACGUCCCCGAGAUCCCAACCCCGGGCACAAAAAUUCCCCCCCAAAAAAGGUUCCAAAUCCCAAAUUUCCCAAUUUUGGGAGUUUUGGGGGAUUAAAAAAAAAAAAGGAAAAAAAAAAA